ACGCGGCAGUGGAGGCCAAGAAGGAGCAGAGCAGCAAACACGCGCAGAGCUUCGGGGCGCGGCAGCCCACCAUGGGGGGCUCCAACCCCGGGCAGGAGCGGGGGGUCUGGCUGUCGCUGCUGGAGACCCUCCGCGAGCGGGAGCUGCUGCCCGCCGUCACCUUCACCUUCUCGCGGGGCCGCUGCGAGGAGCAGGCGGCGGCGCUGGGCUCGCUGGAGCUGCUGGGCGGCCCCGAGCGCGCCCAGGUGCGCCAGUUCCUGACGCGCUGCCUGGCCCGCCUGCGCGGCUCCGACCGCCGCCUGCCGCAGGUGCUGCAGCUCUCAGACCUGCUGCAGCGCGGCAUCGGAGAGAAGGUGGAAAUAUGGGAGGAGAAACUGAGGGAGAAGGAGGGAAAUGGAGUUGUAAUUGUGGUGGGAAAU